AUGGACCCAGCCAGCCAGGCGUUCGCGCAACGUCUGCCUGAGGGUGUGCGUGAUACAUGUGCUGCUCGAUCAGAGCACGGCGAUGUCCCUGUCUCAACUCUGAUCCACCGUAGGCUUGGACGACGCUCGCGAGCAGAGCAGGCUCAGAGUCAGCAGUACUUGACUCGAGAGGAGGAGAAGGCGCUUGUAAAGUUCCUGCUACUGAUGUCUAAUCUCGGACAACCUGUGCGCGUUAAGUACCUUCGCUCGUUAGCGUUUAGCAUAGCCCGCCAGCGGUCCACGAAGAGCGAGUCGAUCAAGCGUCCAGGGAAGAACUGGCCACGAGCGUUCGAGAAGCGUCACCCCGAACUCCAGGCGAGAAGGGAUUCAUGCGUACUGCCAGAAAACGUGUAUAAUAUGGACGAAACUGGAGUCAUGCUAAGCAUGCUUGACUCCGCAAAAGUCUUAGUCGGCGAGGACGAUCGGCAAGGUAGUAGGGGUGCGGGUGUUAAGCGCACUAUGGUUACUGCUAUUGAGUGCAUCAGUGCUAACGGAAGGGCCCUCCUGCCACUUAUUAUAUGGCCAGCAUCGACCCAUCGCAGCAACUGGACAACCUACAGCACUCCUGGAUGGCACUAUGCGCACUCAGAGAACGGGUACAACGACUCUAAGAUUAGCUUGGAGUGGCUUAAGCGCGUGUUUGACCCCUAG